AUGGGUUCAUAUGGAGUAGCGCCAACGGGCGUUCAAGGUCUUGCCACAAGUUUCUCAAAAAGAUUAAUGAAUGAUUCCGAAAAUUCUUUACUAUUCAAUAUUGCGCCAACCGGAAGACAAGCCAAAAGACAUGUUCAACAAAUAAACUAUUCUGAAGAUUUUGGUGAUGAUUUUGAUACUGAAGAUUCUCCAUCUUCUGCUUUUGGAAAUCGUAACAUAUCUGACAAUAGAGCACAAGCAGAGCUUCAGAAAUACACACUUGCAAAAAAUACCCCAAUAAUUAAGAAUUUGGCUCGUGACAUAGCAUUACCUGAAUUGGUGGAGAAACCAGUAGUACUUGUCCCGAUAAAAAUAUCACUUGAGAACCUAAACUCUAACCAGAAGUUGGUGGAUACAUUUAUGUGGAACUUGAAUGAAUGUGUAUUGACACCAUUGGAGUUUGCAGAAAUAGUAUGCAAUGAUUUGGAUCUUCCUACCAAUAUGGCUACACAAAUUGCUGAUAGCAUAAACCAACAAGUGGAAGAAUAUACUUAUGUUUCUAAUCUAGCAUUGCCUUCAGACGGCCCAUACAAUGUGACGGUUGAUUUGUCGGUUAACUUGAACAAACACUUGUAUCAAGACCGAUUCGAAUGGGAUAUGAAUCAGUCAGACGUUACACCCGAAAUGUUUGCUAAAAUUGUGGUAAGUGAUUUGGGUUUGCCUUUAGAAUUCGAGAAUGCAGUAUCGCAUGCAUUACAUGAGGUUAUAAUCAGAGUGAAAAAGAGGGUUAUAGAUGGAAGCUUUGAUAAUGAAAUCUACAAUUUGCAUCUUGUGAAGGGUAUAAUAUUUGAGCUUGGUGUUAGAAUAUUCACUGAAAGUAGUAUCCAAAACGGAAACGAUCGUUGGGAGCCAUUAGUUGAGACGUUAACUUCAACUGAAAUCGAACGUAGAGAGAACGAAAGGGUCAGAAACUUAAGAAGAUUGAAGAGAGAAAAUAUGAGAAGAGAUUACGAUGAUUAUAAUAAGAGAAGACAUACAGGAAGAAGAAGAUUUGAUGAGUUAGAAGGUUCUUGGAGUUGA